AAAAGAAGACAUUUCUCUCUCUCUCUCUCUCUCUGUGUUCGCAGUCUUUAACCAACCACUGAGUUCGCUAUGGCAUUUCCUUACUUGGAAGCAGUUCUCGGAUUCAUGAUAUUAAUGUACAUAUUUGAGACAUACCUUGAUGUACGACAGCAUGCUGCUCAUAAAUUGCCAACACUUCCGAAAACUUUGGUGGGAGUUAUCAGCCAGGAAAAAUUUGAGAAGUCCCGUGCAUAUAGUCUAGACAAAAGUUACUUCCAUUUUAUCCAUGAGUUUGUUACCAUACUUAUGGACUCUUCCAUCUUGUACUUCCGGAUAUUGCCCUGGUUUUGGAAGAUAUCAGGAGAAUCUUUGGUAUACCUUGGUCUCAAUGCAGAGAAUGAAAUAUUUCACACACUUUCAUUUUUAGCAGGAGUUAUGGUUUGGUCACAGAUCACCGAUUUGCCAUUUUCAUUGUAUUCAACCUUUGUGAUUGAGGCCCGCCAUGGUUUCAACAAGCAAACAGUAUGGCUAUUCUUUAGGGACAUGAUAAAAGGAAUUGCUUUAGCUGUUGUGAUUGGUCCUCCCAUUGUGGCUGCCAUCAUUGUUAUAGUACAGAAAGGAGGUCCUUACUUGGCAAUUUACUUGUGGGGGUUUAUGCUGAUUUUAUCUCUUGUUAUGAUGACUAUCUACCCUGUACUAAUUGCUCCACUUUUCAACAAGUUCACUCCGCUUCCACAGGGAGACCUUAGGUUGAAGAUUGAGAAUCUUGCAUCCUCACUCAAGUUUCCCCUAAAGAAAUUAUUUGUGGUUGAUGGGUCUACAAGGUCAAGCCACAGCAAUGCAUACAUGUAUGGGUUCUUCAAGAACAAGCGCAUUGUCCUCUAUGAUACACUCAUCCAGCAGUGCAAGAAUGAUGAGGAAAUAGUUGCUGUUAUUGCACAUGAACUGGGUCACUGGAAACUUAAUCACACAAUGUACUCCUUCAUUGCAGUCCAGAUUCUCACGUUGUUGCAGUUUGGAGGAUACACUCUUGUUAGGAAUUCAAAGGACUUGUUUCAGAGUUUUGGGUUUGAUACACAACCAGUUCUUAUUGGACUCAUCAUUUUCCAGCACACAGUGAUACCUCUCCAGCACCUAGUAAGCUUUGGCCUUAAUCUUGUAAGCCGCGCUUUUGAGUUCCAGGCUGAUGCAUUUGCAAAGAAGUUGGGCUAUGCUGCACCUCUUCGAGCUGGUCUUGUGAAAUUGCAGGAAGAAAACUUGUCAGCUAUGAACACAGAUCCUUGGUAUUCAGCCUAUCAUUACUCUCACCCUCCCCUAGUUGAGAGACUGGCUGCCAUUGAUGAACCUGAUAAGAAGACGGACUAACAGAUACGUGGGAGUUUCACCAUUCGCCGUAGAACUCGUUCUAUACUUUGCACUGCACAUCUGCAAGCAUAGCUAUUAUAUGCUUGCAAUUAGUCAUGUAUGUUGAUCUUUCGAAGCACAGCAAAAGUAAUGAUCUUUUUUUAUCCAGAUGAGUAACUCAGUAUUAGAGACCACAAAGAGGGGAAAAAGGAAUGAAUUCUAUUGUACCAACAUUUGAAACAUAAGAAAAGCAAUGAUCUUUUGAAGAUGUUACCUCAA